CCAUUUUGAAUUAAAUCCUGUUUUUUAUAUUUUGGAGUGAAAACCUAACAAUUUUUGUAAAUUUUAAUUGCACAUAAACUCAAACUACAUUGAAUUACUAACACUCAAAAUGACUUGUACACCCAACUCACUAAAAUUGAAAGAGAUGCCACUUCUGUGCCAGAAGUUGGGCUUCAACAAAGAAGUCCUUGAUGAUAAAAAUAUAACAGAUUAUGGAUAUGACAGGAAGGUUUUAAUUGGAAACUGGUUUGAAAAUCAAAGUAAACCCAUUGAGAGCAGAAAAAUGGACCUAAACACAAUCUACCGCAAAGACUAUAAUUGUAAAACACCUGUGCUUGAUCCCAAUUCAACAUGGAAUAAUCGCCUCAGUGGACAGAGAUCAUUGAAUUUGGCUCAGGGAAAGUACGAUGAGUUCGGAGAGAACAUGUCGACAGUGUACGAUCUAGCAUACAGGUGCAGGGUGAGGGACUUUGUCUCUGGGAACUACGGCAAUGCGACCAACUACGGCAAGAAGGAGUGUAAGCAAGACUACUGGGUUACGCAGAGAGAUGACAGAUUGCUCCGUUUUCACACUGAGUACAAGGAUGCUUACUCCUUUAGUCCUUGCGCCAGCCACAUCACCAGCUGACAACACUCUUCACUUGCAGAUAACACUCGUACAUUCUGUGCUAUAAAUGAUAAAUUUGUCAUAUUUGUAGUAUCGGAGGAAGAUUUUACUAUGGAAAUAUUAUUAUUCAAGCUUCUCUUCAUUUAAAUUCAAAUGAUCUUUUUUUGUUUAAGAGUAGUGCUAUAUUUUUUUCUUGGUUUUAAUAGAAGCACAAUUGAACCGUGUAUUUCCAAAUUACGUUGAGAGUACCAUAUUUUUGACUGGCACAAACCACUAUAACGAUACCAUCUUUCCUAGUGGGGGAAAAAAGAAAUAAAAUUGUUUGUUGUGCCAGAGUGAAAGUGUAGCUGUCAGAAGGUGCCCCUCUCCCCUCUCACCCCCCCCAUUAUUUUAAAACCUUAAUAUCUGUCAAUCACUGUUGUUAAAGUUGUCCGACAAUAUAACAGAGGUCUCAGAUACUGUUAAAGCAAAAAAGAAGAAAUUAUGUGAAGAAAAGUGGAAGAAGAAUGUUUUUAAAAACAAAAGGGGAAGUUUAUGUUAAACAACCAGAAACCAAAUAUAUGAAGUUGACAGUUGGUAUGUGGGAAUCAAUGUCUUAAGACAAGGUGUGAUAGUCUAAAAUUUCAACACUGCUGUCGUUUUUUUCUCUCCACAUUAUUUUGAAGAGAUUUUUAGUGAAGAACCUAUACCAAACCAAAAAAUUUAGAAAAUAAACGACCCUGCCAACACAUUCUAAAUUAUACUGUGCUUUCACAACCUUUUUACUUACAUGGACAUUUUGGCAGUUUACUUUAUUUUUGUAAUGCAGUUUUGUUUCAAAAUUAAUCUAAUUAGCAACUAUAUGAGAUAUUUCUGUAUUUUAUACUAUGUGGCAAAAUACUUUUAAACAAAUAAACUUAGUUUCUUAU